AUGGCUGAAGAAGUUAAAGCCGCCGAACCUCCAGUUGCAGCUUCAACGGAAGUUGAGCCAACUAAGACCGAGAAGGUCGAGUCACCAACCCCUGACCAACCUAUCGAAACAGCUGCUGCUCCAGCACCAGCUCCCAAGGCUGAGGAAACUGCUGCCGCAGACUCGACUGCUAUUGCUCCCAAGGCUGAAGAAACCCCUGUCGAGGAAGCUGCUCCAGCUCUCCCGGAGCUCAUCAAUGCCAAAUGGGGACCUAUUUCUCCAAACCUCGCUGCUUUUUACCGACGUCUCCCGGAGAUUCUCGAGAAGAGCAAGCAUAGUGAAGUCUACAGCGUCCAACUCACUUACGUCGAAGGUUCCACGGAACCAACAUUCGGAACUCUUUUGAUUCUUCAGAAGUUCCUUCGUGCUAACAGCGAUAACAUUGAAAAGGCUGUUGAGCAGCUUUCUGCUAGCUUGGCAUGGAGAGCUGAGAAGAAACCAUUGGAUUCUUUGGCGGCUGAACACGACCGUUCUGCCUAUGAAGGGCUGGGAUAUGUACAAGUCCUCCCUGAAACUAGUGAAGUCUUGACGUGGAACAUCUAUGGCGCUGUCACGGACUACAAGAAGACUUUUGCCAACCUCGAUAGCUUUCUUAGCUGGCGUGUCGCCCUCAUGGAGGCAGCUAUUGCUAAGCUUGACCUCCCGAAUGCCACAAAGCCCAUCCCCGACUUUGGUAAGGGAGCCGAUCCUUACCAAAUCAUUCAAGUCCACGACUACCUCAACGUUUCGUUCCUUCGCAUGGAUCCGGAUGCCAAAGUCGCUUCCAAAGCCACAAUCGCUGUUUUCCGCGAUUUCUACCCAGAGAUGCUCAGUCGCAAGUUCUUCGUCAACGUUCCACUUCUCAUGGGGUGGUUGUACAAGGCUACGACGCUUGUCUUGCCAGAGGCUACCGUCAAGAAGUUUAGAGUACUCAGCUACGGAAAAGAAUUGGCUGCUGAGUUGGGAGAUGCCAUUCCGGAAGUCUAUGGCGGAAAAGGUGUUAAGGAUGUGAAGGAACUCGGGGACCCGGUCAAAUUAUCUGCUGUUCCAGUUGUAGAGCCUGAGACUGAAACUCCUGCUCCAUCUGCUACAACUCAGGAGGCUCCCGGUCCAGCUACUACUACCCCUGCCGCCCCUGCACCUGCCACUGAUGCUUAG